AUUUUGACCAGCGGAAUUCCAUGUCAAUGUGACUCAUCCCCGCAUUAUAAUACAGUACGGUGGCGAGGAGGGGGGCAAAAGCACGCGAAUUAUUCGACGCGCUUUAUGGUCGGAUUCCCCCGGCAGCCGCCAGCCCGCCAGAGCAUUGCAGCGCCGGCCACCUCGCCCCCCUCUCUCGCUGUCUCGCACCACCCGCGCUGAGGGGAGGGGAGGGGAGGGGCGGUGCGCGCUGCGCGGCGGGCGGAGAUCUCGGGAGGGCUCCGAUCGAGCCAAAGCGGCGGGAGGAGGGAGGGUGGAGCGGAGCGGGGCGGAGCGCGGAGCUUGAGGAGAGGAGUAGAUUGGUUCGAUGGUAAGGGAGACGGGGUACUACGACGUGCUGGGAGUGACCCCGGCGGCCACCGAGGCGGAGAUCAAGAAGGCGUACUACGUCAAGGCGAGGCAGGUCCAUCCGGACAAGAACCCCAAUGAUCCGCUCGCGGCGGAGAAGUUCCAGGAAUUGGGGGAGGCAUACCAAGUACUCAGUGACCCCGCGCAGCGUCAAGCCUAUGACUCAUAUGGGAAAUCUGGUAUUUCAACGGAAGCCAUUAUUGAUCCUGCAGCAAUAUUUGCAAUGCUGUUUGGUAGCGAGCUCUUUGAGGAUUACAUUGGUCAACUGGCGAUGGCAUCCAUGGCUUCACUUGAUGGUUUUAGUGAAGACGAACAAAUCGAUGCCAGGAAGUUGCAAGAGCAAAUGCGAGUUGUACAGAAGGAAAGGGAAGAGAAGCUAGCAGAGGCACUGAAGAAUAGAUUGCACCUUUAUGUUCAAGGAAACAAAGAGGAAUUUAUCCAGCAUGCUGAAGCUGAGGUGACUAGACUCUCUAAUGCAGCAUAUGGUGUUGACAUGCUGAGUACUAUUGGUUAUGUGUACUCAAGACAAGCUGCAAAGGAGCUUGGAAAGAAAGCUUUAUAUCUUGGUGUUCCGUUUAUAGCUGAAUGGUUCAGAAACAAAGGGCAUUUUAUUAAAUCACAAGUAACAGCUGCGACAGGUGCAAUAGCUCUUAUGCAGCUGCAGGAAGACUUGAAGAAACAUCUCAGUGCUGAGUGCCACUACACCGAAGAGGAACUGGAGGCUUACAUGCAGACUCACAAAAGUGUUAUGGUGGAUUCCUUGUGGAAGCUUAAUGUUGCUGAUAUAGAGGCAACCCUAUCACAUGUGUGUCAAAUGGUGCUUCAAGACAGCAGUGUCAGGAAAGAGGAACUGAGAGCUCGAGCUAAAGGACUGAAAACUUUAGGCAAAAUAUUCCAGCGUGUUAAGCUGGCUACCGAGGGAGAGCCAGCAGCAAUGAAAAAUACAAUAAAUAACUCAGAUGACAAUGAUGGUAGUUCUCCAGAUUCAUCACCAAAAUCUCCUAGGGAUCAAAUGUUCGAUGCAAAUCCACCUUAUGCCCAGAGUCCAUACGUGGAGGCCCCUCGAUCCGGCGAUUAUUUCUUCCCAAUGCCUGCCGCACCACCUGGUGCACAGAGGGACCCCAUUCCAUGACUGCUUGGAGAGCAGCAGCUCCGUUUUGUGUGGAUCGUCAUUUUGUACAAUAUUACUUCUGUAGUAGAUGAUGGCAUGGUCACCAUUUUUAUUUGUAACAUUAGUAGCAUUAGAGCGAGGCAGCAGCUUGGUAUCCAUUGCAUCUUUUCUUUUCUUAUUUUCUUCAGUUGUGUAAUCAAUCAAUCAAGCAUGCAACGAUGUCAGCCUUGUGUUGUGUAUAGGGCUGCGGGCAGGCUUGUGCUGCUGUUGUGUGUUGAGGCAGCAACAGGUCAGCCAUUGUUGUACAUGAACUAUCACCUCCCCGUUGUUUCAUGUGUUUAUGGGUGCAUAAUUGUUUUAGCCUAUGGCCUAUCUGUGAAAACAACAGCUUGUCCCGUGACA